GGAAUCCGACUGACGCUAGCGUGGACCAUUUCGAAAAAAUGCUGGUCGUUUCCUCUUGCCGCGCUUUAUUCCAUGGCAGUCUUGCUUGUCUCACCGGAAAGAAAAAGAUAGUAAAACUAAGAGGAACAACAACAGGCAAGAAGAAUACAUUGCCGAAGAAGAGGAAGCGUCGGAUUUCGCGGCCAGCAGACGGGCGAUGUCGCUGUCGAUGGGCGACGACGAAGCCGGCUUGUGCGCCGAGCUGGAGCGGCGGCCGUGCAGUCGCACAGCGCGGAAGAGGUUCACCGGUGGAGGCCCAGCGUGGCAGCCGGAGGAGCCCCAUGCGGCGCCGCCGCCGUCGCUCGUCGCCGGGCCACCGUCAGCCCUCCGAUGCCUAGAACCGGCGCCGCGGCUGCAUGCUGCGACGUGCCCAGGAUCACUCACACCAGGACACAGCCCGCCUGCUGCAGGAGGGCUGGCUUCGCGGCGCCGUGCAGUGACGCGCCUGCGGCUUGGCUCCGGCACUUUGAGCCUGCGAGGUUUGGGGUCGCGAUCCGCGCCGUUGGCGGAGCACGCUGGAUCCACUUCCAAGCUUGACCUGCAAGCUUCUGACGUUCUUGCGGACUGCUUGGCGGAUGGUCUCCAGUCUCUCCACCGGGACGUCGCCGCUGUCCAGCGGCGCGUCGGCGAACGUACGGCUGCAGCGACCCCUCGCUACGCCUGAGAGCCGCCGUGGCGGCAGCACCGCGUUGGACGUGCGUGUUUGUCUCCGCCAGGGAGGCUUCCUGGCAGGAAACGCCCGUUUCGCGCUUAGCAUAAUCCAUCUGGCGAUAAAUGCGAACGUUGUUGGCACCGAGGCCUCGACCGGGUUCGAAAGGGAGUUGGGGGAAAUGCGCUGAGAGAUUGGUGGUGCGAAGGAUGCAGCGAUUCUUCUUCUUCUUUUUUUGCACCAUUGCAAAAAAAAAAUAAAAAAUAAAUAAGAAAACACGCCAGGGAAUUGAGGAAAACGAGAUGGUUGUGCCAUAUGAGCCUGUUUCUAUAGAGGAUGCUCAUAGCGUCAUUAUUGUGAUCGCGUGUUUAAAAAAGUCAGUGCAUUUCCACUUUGUGUAGAAGGAUGACCAGCGAAGCUGUGUAUGUGGGCCCUUUAAUGGCGAACUGCACCUCCGCCGCGGGUCGGCCCGCCAUUGUACUAUCUUCGGGAUCGGCCAGCAUAUGGGGAGUGCUUGACGCCUGGUUCACCUCUGCCGCGGUACGGCCCGGCAUUGCAAUAUCUCCGGGAUCGGCCCAUAUGGGGAAUUUCUUGCUUACCACGCCACCAACGACACGAAAAUUUCCUUGGACUGUAAAGGUACACAGCUUCGCUGUAAAGCAAGCCCUCGUGCGAUGUUGUGUACACUGUUAAGUUCCGCCAUAUUGUGGAAUAUCGCUAUCUCGUGAGCCCUGAUUUCCUCAAAGCGCCAACACGGUGUCGAGACAGAGCGGACUCGCCUUCGUCAAGGCAGUCCCCUUCUCGAAACGUUGGCUUCAACCGUGUCCAUUGCUCGACGACAUUUAAUCCAGCUUCCUGUGAGAAGCUCCCGUCUUGUUUGGUGGAAAAAGGAAGCGCGCAAAAAUGUAUCGGACGCCCCAGAUGUGCGACAAACGUGGUGCACCAACGUGCGUAAAUAAAAAGAAAAUACAUGCGUAAUUAAAAAAUUGCCUUUUAUGAAGUCACGUUCACCGAAAAUGUGCGAACGUUGUAACUACCUAGCGCGUCAACAAAGGCAGGUACGGCUGAACAGACCUGAAUUCACGUACUAUUACAAAGUGCUCUACAAAACAGUGAACAGAAGAAAAGAAAAGAAAAAAAAAUGACGGAGCGUUGUUGGAAUGUAUUCGAUAUUGUUCCCAAACAAGGUGUGAAGAGCUUCGAAAGAUGAAAAGGCCCAUUGUAAAUGCAUAACCUCGGCAGAAUUAUAAUGUAUCGGCGGUGUUAUUGUUUCUUGUUUACGAUGUACCUAUCUACGGUAAAGUGCGCUCGAGUAAGGAAUUCCUGUUCAUCACCAUGCUUCGAGCCUCAACAUCAGUGUGAAAAGCUUUAACGGAAAUUCACUAUGAGAGCUACGAGACAAGAGGGUCGAAUUCGCGUUUUCCAUGUACGCUAAGCUCUCUUCGAAGUUUCAGGCAGCAUCAAUUUCUUCUCUUUGUCAGAGAGAGAGAGAGAGAGAGAA